UAAGAUCUAAACAAACCAAAUCUUUCUCACUUCAAACCUGCGAAAGAAAGAUGAAGGGUCUUGGAGGAGCAGUACUUGUGUUCUUGUUACUUAACUUGACAAUCACUUGUCAUGGUCAGUUGCGCUCAGGGUUUUACCUUGGAAAAUGUAAGGGUGGGAACCAAUACUUCAACGUUGAGGCUCUCAUCAGAGGCGUUGUACAAGAGGAAUUUAGCAAGCUGCCUAACGGCCCAACUAUGGCUGCUGCACUCCUUCGCUUGCAGUUCCACGAUUGUUUCGUAACAGGAUGUGACGCGUCGCUGCUCCUAGAUGGCCCUAGCAGUGAAAAAACUGCAUUCCCCAACCUCAGCGUGAGAGGUUACGAUGUUAUCGACAAAGCAAAAGCUGCCCUUGAGAAAGCUUGCCCUGGAGUCGUCUCAUGUUCUGAUAUCAUCGCCGUAGCCACCAGAGAUGCUGUCGUCUUGUCUAAAGGACUGAGCUACAGAGUUCAGACAGGAAGAAGGGAUGGCUUCGACUCUAAAAAGGACAAUGUGAAUCUUCCAAGCCCUUUUAUUAGCGUCAAGGAUUCUAUUGCUGCAUUCGCAGCAAAAGGACUUAAUAAGAAAGAGAUGGUUUUACUCCUUGCUGCUCAUACCGUCGGCAUCACACAUUGUGCGCUUAUCCGCAACCGGCUCUACAAUUUCAGAAACAACGGCACAAGGGACCCGACCAUGGAUCCUACGCUUUUCCAGUUUUUGUCGAAGAAAUGUCCCAAAUCUGACACCACCCUUGGUGGCGAAAUAGCACUAGACCAGACACCUAACAGUAUUAAUGUCGUGGACAACGGUUUCCUCAAACAAGUCAAAGCGCGAAAAGGAAUUCUCGAAAUCGAUCAAGGAUUAGGGCUAGACCCAUUGACUGCUGAAAUCGUUCGAUCUUACGCCGACGGUCCCUUGAGCCAAAAGUUUCGAUAUGAUUUUGGUGCAGCUAUGAUCAAAUUGGGUGGUGUUGGUGUUCUAACUGGCAAGAACGGAGAGAUUAGAAGAACUUGUAAUGCUGUGAAUAAUCCUAAACCACUUCAACCUAAACCAGCUGGACCUACACCAGUUCAACCAAAACCAGCUGGACCUACACCAAAACCAGCCGGCUUACCCAGUCUCGGAUUAUAGAGAUCAUGAACGGUCCAUUCCACAUUUCUGCUGAUUUCAGUUUUUCAUUUUUCUUCAAGCCUUUUGCGAAUUUGUAAUUUGUGUGAUUUGGUUUUGAUUCCUUAAAGGAAUGUAUUUUGAGAAUUUGCUGAUUGUUUUUAUUAUCUCUUUUGAUAAGAUUGAUGAGUGUAUUUGAGAAAUGAGAUUAUCGAGAUGGACUCGAUCAGAGUCAUAGCCACAUUGGUGCUAACUACUGCCUAGCCGAAGCUAGCGAUUUUAUGCC